UGUGUGUGUGUGUGUGUCGGUGUGUGUCGGUGCGUAUGUGUGCACGCGCGCGUGUGGCCACUCACGGUCAACUGGACAUUGAUUCUGUUGUUUAAAGCGAACGGUUGUGUGUCACUUGGCGCAUGUCCAUGUAAUCCCCUCGGUCACAUGACCAAUGGGAGCCUCUGAUUGGACGGGGCAGAGGACUGAAAAGCUUUUUCCAAACAAGCUUCAGAAGUUUUGGUGACAGAGACCAGUGGGCACAGUAAGGAUACCUACUGGAUCUAUACACACAGACUUCUGCACAGAAACACAAACAGAGUGAUAGAGGGAAAAAAAGAAAAGCGGAAAAGAAAAAGAGUGAGCGAGCAAUGACCUCACCAAAGACAUGAAGAAUCAACCAAUGAAUGUGUCAAAGUCUUGAAGAGCAACCAGCGUGCUUAACCCCCAGGGCCAGAGCCCCAACAGAACCAAAGCAGCACAGACCAAAAGCAACCAAACUCGGCUCGAGCUGUCCCCUGGCCACACCACACAAAUCGAGUGAAGACCAGCAACACCAAAACAGAAAGAGAGAAAGCGAGGAUGAAGCUGAAGACUGAGCCUGCGGAGAUGAGUGAGUGGCGCGAGGCCGACUUGGCCCUCACCUGCACCUACAUAGUGCCGGACCAGGCAACAGAACCCAACUUUGGCCUGCCCAAAGCUAUGACCUCCAUUCCCAGAAACCUCACCUUCCGACACAGCACUGACAAUGAGGUGACAGGUGUCUACAGUAAGGAGUACAUCCCCCAGGGAACCAGGUUCGGACCCCUGCAGGGAGACGUCUACAGCCAGGACGACGUCCCCAAGCACACCAACAGGAAGUACUUUUGGAGGAUCUACACAGAUGGGCGGCUGCACCACUUCAUUGACGGCUAUGACGUUCACCACAGCAACUGGAUGCGCUACGUCAACCCGGCUCGCUCGCUGGCCGAGCAGAACCUGGUGGCGUGCCAGAACGGCAGCGACGUCUUCUUCUACACCAUCAGACCCGUGGAGCCCCAGCAGGAGCUGUUAGUGUGGUACAGCCAGGAGUUUGCCCACAGACUCUGCAGCCAACAGGGAGAGCAGCGCAAGCAGAAACACAUUAGCAGUGAUGACUGCCAGCAGGAGUUCCCCAAGCAGCACUUACCUCAGCAGGCCUGGGUCUGGGAAAAGAGGGAUGACGUGAAGGAGGAGAGAGAUGACGAAGGAGAGGAGAAGAUUGAUGUAGAGGUUUUGGAGAGAGACACCCCACCCGACACACCUGACGACCAGAUCAUGGACUUCAGCAGAAAGAUGGAAAAGACUGAGGAGACGGACGACCAGGCCGCCAUUGUCUCUCCUCAGUCUGAUCAUAGAGAGCCUGCCCUGGGCAUGGCUCACCUCUACGGGUUGCCUGACCACCACGCCUCCGCCGCCUCCCCACACAGAGACCUGCACCUCCACGGCCUCUACAGCCACAGGCCGCACCCUCUCUAUGCCUCCUCCAGACACCUCCAGACCCCCUACCACCAGAUCAUGACACCCUACAACUACCCCCGCCUCUUCCUCCCUCAGUACUCCCCACCUUUCCCUGGCAUGAUGCCGUCAAGAGACUCUCUUCGGUACAGCAACUACCUGGGCACCGAUGGACUUCCAUACCCCUCAAUAGGUCAGCCAGGUCUACUCCCAGUGUCCCUGCCCUACCUUCCACCCACCCAGGGAGCGCUGAAAGAGCGUCCCCCCAACAUGUCCCCUCCUCUCGGGGCUCCAGCCACCCCAGAGCUAUCCCCUCUGCCCAAACCCAGCUUCCAGCUCCAGACACCCCAGCAGUCCCCCGUCCAGUCGUCCUCAGGCUGCGAGGAGGCCAUGAACCUCAGCCUGGCCACGUCACCGAGGAGUAGCUCCUCGCCUUGCAGCACGCCCGGGUACAAAUCCCUCCCCUACCCCCUGAAGAAGCAGAACGGCAAGAUCAAGUACGAGUGCAACAUCUGUCUCAAGACAUUCGGACAGCUCUCCAACCUCAAGGUGCAUCUCAGAGUCCACAGUGGAGAGAGGCCAUUCCAGUGCAACCUCUGUAAGAAGAACUUCACCCAGCUGGCCCACUUGCAGAAACACCACCUGGUCCACACAGGAGAGAAGCCACACGAAUGCCAGGUGUGUCACAAACGUUUCAGCAGCACCAGCAACCUGAAGACCCACCUGCGUUUACACUCUGGAGAGAAGCCCUACCAGUGCAAGCUGUGUAGCACCAAGUUCACCCAGUACAUCCACCUGAAGCUCCACCGGCGCCUCCACAGCUCGCGUGAGCGCCCCUACCGCUGCCCUCUCUGCGCCCACGCCUUCCUCCACCGCUUCUCGCUCCGCGUCCAUCAGCGCAGCUGCUGCCCUGCCAACAGCAACGCCCAUGCCCACGAGCACGUCCGCGAUCUGGUGGAUCGCUUCGACGCCAGCCAGGAGGCCGAUGCUCUCCCCGAAGGGGCGGGGCCAACCCAGGUAGAGGCGGUGGUCGAGAGGUGGGUUGGGCGGAGCCUGGAAGGGCAAGAGGGGAAGGAGGAUCAGAAGGAGGCCUCUCUGCUGCUCAAGGCGCUGACCGCAGCCAUCAAUGCCCCCGCUCCCACCGCUCCUACCAUCCCUGCCUCUCACAGCCCAUCAUCAGCCUAUCAGGAGAGGGCUAGCGUGGUGCACCUCUACAACCGGCCAAUGGUGAAGACAGAGGGACAGUAGGUGGAUAGGAGAGAGGUUUUAGGUAAAGGAGCAGGACAUUUAAAGGUUCCUACUAUAUGACUGGGGGACCACCUUUAAAGGUGCAGAGAACUGUAAGACAAAGAGACACUUCGCCAAAAAAAGAAAACUGUCUCCCCAGUCUUGAGGAAGUCUGGGGGAACAGUCUCAAAUGCCAAUGAGAGCAUCACCAAAACAAGACCAUCCCAAAGACUGACAGUGUAUUCAGUGAUUGCACUUCCACCCUAACUCUGCUCUUCCCUAGAGAAGAUGAGAGCCUGAGAGAGUGAGUGAGAGAGAGAGAGAGAGACAGAGAGAGAGAGAGAGAGAGAGAGA